AUGGAGCGACAUCACUGUAAUAUACUUCAAAACUUUGAUGAACCCAAAUCGGAAAUAUUGAAAAAAAGAUUACUGAAGGCUGUGAAUACUUCCGCUAGUAUUAAUCCUUCUCAGAAUAGCUCGCACAAUGUGCUGUUAAACACAUUGCGUGCGCCAAGCUCGAACAGUAUGAUCGUUACCUCGGUGCAGGCGCCGCAGAGCUCUAUGCCCAUUACUCACAAUUUAGUCACUCAUUCUUUAGCACCAGUGAAAAUUCACACAAACAACACUCCUUAUCCAUUGCAGCUGUCCACAGUUCAUGUUCCAGUUCAGAUUCCUGGAUCUACUUCCAAUAUUAAUGUACCAGUUCAGUUAUCUGGUGCGACCAGCAGUGUUCCAUUACAGAUAGCUCCCGUUAGUCUUCCCAUUCAAGUCUCAGGGACGACUAAUGUUCCAGUUCAGCUUCCAGCUGGUGAAACUAUUAAUGUUCCUCUUCAAAUUCCUGGUGGAAACCAAAAUAUUCAACUGACAGGCCCCACCUUGCCUUCUAUGCCUAUUCUUCAGAAUACAGGUCAACCACUUCAUAAUUCUAUUAUACAUUUACAUAUGGGUUCAAACGCAAGGCCAACAAAUUUAGACAACACCGAGAUGAAUGUGCAAAGCAACCAAAUUCAGUUAUCAGAGUCCAGCGUACAAGUCAAGAUGAACAAUGCAACACCUGUCUCACAGGGUCAAAUAGGUUCAAAUUCAACUAUUGUACAGAUACCGAAUUCUUCAAGUAGUUCGAUACAAUUGGCCUUACCAAAUUCUGUGAAUUCCGGAACAGUGCAACUAAGGGGGGCAGCAAGGACUGUACCACAUGUGGUCUAUAUUCAGACACCAACAGGCCUAAAACCUAUGACUAGCACUGAGGUUAUAAGCCAAGCGAGCACAAGUGGCAAUCCUCCACAGAUUAUUGUGAGAAGACCGGUAACAAGUAAUUCAAACAUACACUUGAUAUCAAAUGUUACUAAUAAACCAAAUAUUGCUCCCAAACUACCAGUACAAAAAGGUGCAUCUAUACUGGCUCCUGCUAAUGCAGCUCAACCGAUAGUUAUUCAAAAGCCAAAAGGGAAUGAAAAAAUGAUGGUGCCAGUAAGCAUUGCUCCAGGUACACCAGGAAAACAAGCUAUCGCUUAUCUGGGCUCUGUUAAAAAACCUGCUAAGACUAUUACUGAAAAUAACCAAUCCAUACUAAUUUCUAGUACUCAGGGUGCUAUGAACACUAAUAACCAGAAACUGUUUAUAACUCCAAUGAAUAUUCCCAAGAUACAAAACACCAAGUUUAUUUUACCUGUCACUUUGCCUGCUACCAUGUCUACUAAGGGACCAGUUAUUAACCUUCAAAUAGCAAACGGUCAAAUACAAAAUGAUCCCCAAGGAAAUAUCACAGUUAUGAGAGACAGUCAAGUAGAGUCAUCGGAAGUGCCCCCAUUGCAGCCUUUGGGAAAAUUAGUUACCAUUAACAGCAAGGAAAGUUCAGUGUCUCAAAACGCUACUAAAGCUGAUAAAGGUUUUACUAUAAGUAUACCAGGAUCAAGAGCUGAACCGACCGGUGAGCAAGGAGAAUAUACACUUUCAAUACCCGAGACAAACGCUUCCAUGAAUGAUGAUAUUUAUACUGUAUCUAUAGCCGACGAAGAAGGUGGCCAAACUCGAGAAAAAUCUUUCACUUUAGCUAUUCCAGAGAAAAGCAAAAGUCUUCUAAAUAAGAAUAUAAUUGACAGAAAUGAAUUGGUCGCACCUACUGUACCCGCGCCUGCAAUAUUGCGCCGCUCUAACUCUGAUAACAGCGACAGAAAGACAAACAAUGCAAACAUUAAAAGAAGAAUAUCAUUAUGUGCAGAAAAUUUCAAUAAUAAGAAUUUCAAAGCUCCAACUCUUCUUUCGCUCAAUAAACCAGAAGAACAGCAGGAGAACGAAAACGUCGAUGACCAUCGCGUUCCUUCGCUGUUCUGUGAUGAGAAAUUGGACAAAGAUCGAGAUUCUGAUAUUGAUGAGUAUAAAGAAAAGUCAGAACCGAAAGUAGCGAAUUCUAAUAACAUUACAUUCAUCACUUUUCAACGCGAGGAUUUAACGCCUGAAGAGGAUCCACCAGGUCUCUUGUGGAAUAAUGGAAUUGCCAAGCUUCGCGGCAGUAGCCUUCACUUUCGAAAUAAUGAAUUCGGUCUUAUUGAUAUAAUAGAAAAUAAUUUGGAGGAGAGCACUUUGAGGUAUCAUACACCAUUGAAGCAAAAACUGGAAAAGAAAGAAAAGAAAGCAUCUUCACCGGAAGGGUUCAUUAGUUGCUACGGCUGCGGUGUUCAUGGAGUGGCGGCAGAGUUUAUCAAUCAGAGCUUUUGCAGUGUUAAUUGCCAAUCGGAUCAUGAGAAAUCUAACAUUAAAAAACGAGAGAAGGAAAAGGCUGAUUUAGCAAAGAAAAGAAAUAAAAUGAAGAAGUUGCUGAUGAGGAAGCAACAGUCCGAAUCUGAGGUUGUACUAGAUAAGGAAGAGAGCUCUCUGACACACCAGGACUCCAUUCCAGAGUCCCAAAUAUCUGAAGUUUUAUUGAUGAAAAUGAAUGAAGACUCAAGUGAGAACGAGAAGUAUCCGUGGAUGUGCGGUAAAAAUGGGUUUUCAUGGAUGCGGUACUUGGACGUAUGUAAGGCUAAGGCAGCGCCCGUGAAACUUUUUAAAGACCCAUUUCCAUAUAACAAGAAUGGUUUCCGAGUAGGAAUGCGUCUGGAAGCUAUCGACCCUCAUCAUCCGUCGCAGUUUUGCGUGGUCUCCGUGGCAGAGGUGCAGGGCUACCGCCUGCGUCUUCAUUUCGACGAGUUCCCGGACAUGUAUGACUUUUGGAUAAACGCAGACUCGCCAGACAUCUUCCCGGCGGGGUGGUGCGAGAAGAACGGUCGCUCUCUGAAACCUCCGGCCAGUUACUGCCCGGCGACAUUCUCUUGGCCUAUGUACCUCAAACAGGUGCGGGCGAUUUCCGCGCCUAAACAACUGUUUCCUCAUAUCGCGGCGAAUACGAUAAUAAAACCGAACGGAUUCCGAAUCGGAAUGAAGCUGGAGGCUGAAGACAGACACAAUGACAUGGUGUGCGUGGCGACCAUAGCCGACGUCUUGGACAACCGCCUGUUGAUCAACUACGACAGCUGGGACGACAUUUACGACUGCUGGCUCGACCCCAGUUCCCCCUACAUACACCCGGUCGGGUGGGCCGGUCAGAACGGGUAUACGCUCACACCGCCUAAUUUCGUCAAGGAUCCAGACUCAUUUUCGUGGGAGGUCUAUCUAUCUGAAACGAUGUCCAUAGCGGCGCCGCCCCGCGCCUUUAAGCCGCGCCCGCCCAUGGGCUUCAAACCAGGCAUGAAGUUGGAAGUCGUGGACAAAAGGGUACCGUUUCUCAUAAGAGUGGCAACGAUAAGUGCGGUAAAGGGUCACCAGGUUCGCGUGUCCUAUGAUGGUUGGCCGGACGAGCUGUCGCACUGGGUGGAUGACGAUUCGCCUGACAUACACCCGGUUGGCUGGUGCCUCAAGACUGGCCAUCCUCUCGAGCCGCCACUCACUGCAGAGGAGUUGCGUAUAACCGGACCCUGCGGUGUGGGUGGCUGCCGGGGCCUGGGCUCGGUUCGCGGUGGCUCUCAUAAACAACACGCGGCUGCCACGGCCUGUCCCUACCGCAACUCUUCACCGGUGCUGCCCGACCGCAGGUCCCAAGGAAUGUCGGUGAAGUCGAUUCAGUCAGUCAGUCCUACAAGUGACACGCCCAAAGAGAAGUUACCACGUGGACGCCCCCCGAAACACAAAAGGGUAGACGAGAUAACUAAAACUGAACCUGUGUCCGAUGAGGAGUCCGUGUCGAGUAGCGGCGGGAAGAGGUGGCGCGGCGUAACCAAUACCGAUGCGAUGGACCGCACGUCAGAGCUGACCGACUCGCAACGAAUGUUGACUGAGCGGACAGGACCACCGGGACCCCACACGCCCAAAUCACUCAUCACUCAGCAUCUAGCGGAGUUGGCGUUAUGUCCAGAUCCUUCUACUUGGACUCAGAAAGAGGUAGCUGCACUUCUAUCCCGCGUGGCGGGUGCAGCAGUAGGCGCAGCGGCAGCUGCUGCACGGCUCUCGGGCGCCGAGUUGCUGAUGGCCUCCUGCGAGGAGCUCGUGCAAUGUCUACGUUUGCGACUCGGUCCAGCUGUUAAGGUUUACGCGGCAGUGCGGCACCUGCGAGAGCGCCUCUCGUGA